AUGUGGUCAUCCAGGCUGGAGACGGAGGAGAUGAGACGCCAAGGGGACCGGGAACUCAAGCUAGCAAUUCAGCGAGUUCACAAUAAUCUCGGUCAUCCUGAGCAGGCUUGUCGGCUGUUUCGGUGUCCUGAGUGCUUGCGCCUGAAAGCCCCGAAGAAGCAAAGACCCUCGAAACUGCCGAUCGCGGACGAGUUCAACGUCGCCAUCGGGAUCGACGUGUUCCAGGAGAAGGACUCUCAAGGAGACCAGUGGAGCUUCCUGAACGUGCUGUGCCAAGGCACCACUUUCCAAGUGGUGGCCGUGCUCCCCGACACUCACGCCAACCCGACCGCGGCAGUCGUGCUGGAGACGUUCCUGACUCAGUGGGUGAACUGGGCCGGCUACCCCGAGCGCGGUGUGAUGACCGACCGGGCGAAGUACUUCAUGGCGGAGUUCGCCGAGGACAUCGCCGACAGCGGCUGCUACCUAGACUCAGCGGCCAAGGCUUCGCCGUGGCAGCUUGGGCAGAUAGAGAGGCACGGCGACACUUGGAAGAACGCGGCACAGCAAGUUGCAGGGCGAGAAGAAGUUCAACUCGCCACGGCCGCCACCACGCAGGCCAAGAACGACCUCUCGAGAAAGUCUGGCUUUUCGCCAGGGCAAUGGGUGCUGGGCCGAUCCAUUCGGCUCCCGGCCAACCUGGCCGAUGAUGGAGAAGUGGCUCGAAUUGGAGCCCAGGCCAUGGCCGAGACGCCCAACACCAAGUUCUACCGCAAAAGCCAGCUGAGGUUUUCCGCCCGGGAGGUUUUCGUAAAGGCCUCAAGUGACGCCAGCCUCCGACGAGCAGAGCUUCGCAAAGUUCGGCCCAGCCGUGGCCCCUUCAAUGUGGGCGACUACGUUUUCUACUACGACGCCUCGUCGAAGGAACCCGGGCCCAACUGUUGGCGCGGAGUCGGCCGCAUCGUCGGAAAGGAGGGUGGCACACGCUAUAGCGAAGAUGAAGUUCAGAGCUGGACCGCCAUUGGCAACGAAACCGAGCUCAUGGUGAAAGACCUCCUCUUCCCGAACCUGGGGUGCACCGGCGGCUUUACCGGAGCCACCACCUUUACCAGCCGAGGUCGGAGAAUGGAGCUCGGGUUCCCUUUCUUCCUCCAGGGAGCAGAGGAGGAAGCAAGCUCGGACAGAGGCAAGACCAAGCUCGGAGACAGCCGGGCCGAGGGCACCACCGCCGUCCGCGUCAGAGGUCCCUGUAGAUCCCACCGGGGCCGAGGACCCCGACCUGGAGGAGAGCCCGGUCUAUGUAUUUCGAUCCCGAGAUCCAUGACUACCACGAGCCCUGUGGUUGAGGAUCCCGAGGCGGAGGCAGCCGAGAGAGAAGCCAAGCGGCUCAGAACCGUCGAGCCUGGAGAGACCGCAAGCUAUGCAGCCGAAACCUGUUGCGUUUAUGUGGCCUACGAGUCCCAGGCCUACCUGACGCACAAGGCCAGGGAGACUUACCGCAAGCACGAGUCCGCUUACCUGGCUUGGGGAGUUUCAGAGAGCGAGUUCCUCUUCGGCUUUAGGCGGAACGACUUUGAGCACAAAUACCAGGCGAUGGCUGCCGGCAACGCCCUGGAAGAAGACCUCUUCACUGGACCGGAAGGCUCCGACCAAAAGGAGUGGACCGCUUGGAAAGCCAAAGAGGCCGUGGAAUUCCUGAGCCUUGCCGAAAGCGCCCAAGUUCGACGCGAGAAGGCCGACCUCAUUGUGCCUACGAGGUGGGUGCGAACGAACAAGACCGAGGGCCUAGAGGGCAAAGAGUUUCAGGCCAAGUCCAGGCUUGUGGUGUAUUACCGAAGAGACGCCCCGACAGCCAGCGCAACGGCAGAAAGCAUUUGUCUUGCCAUUUGCGCGUUCUUGGGCUUCACCCUGUUGGCGAAGGACGUCAAGAAUGCCUACUUCAGCGGCCAGCCACCUCGCGGCGGCCUGCCGGGGCUUAAGCCGGGACAGCUCUUGAGAGCGAGGAAGGCCAUUUAUGGUUUUGCCGAGGCAGCCCGGAUGUUCUGGCUGGCUUUGAAAGAGCAUUUGGAAUCCGACGGUUGGGUUGAGAGCCGUCUAGAGCCUGCUCUCUUUUACCUUCGGGAACAAAGCGAGUUAGUCGGCAUCCUGGUGACCCACGUGGACGACAUCGAAGGCGGGGUCAAGGAUGGCUGGCUCGACAAGGCCUUCCAGAAGUCCUCCGUUGCCCUCGACUUCGCCACCAACCAUUUCCGGGACUUUAUCUUUAGACAGGAACGGCGGCGCCAGCUCACCGACGGCCUCACGCCACAAGAGCUGGAGACCUUCCAGAGCGUCUCGGGCGAGCUGGGCUGGAUCACAAGACAACUUCGUUGCGAUCUAGCAUAUGAGAACGGGGUGAUCCAAAGGUGCAAAGGUGACCCUUGUGUGGCGGACCUGGUGCGUUUGAAACAGUAUGUGGGGCAAGCCAGGCGUGGUGCCGACUUCCGGCAACGCUAUUGGGCUGAUGUGGACCUGCGCAACUGUGUGAUCGUGCACUUGGCGGACAGUGGCCACGCCAACGGGACCCCCGCCUACAAGGAGGAAACGCGUUACCGCAGCGUCGGUGGCUAUUUCAUCCUGGCGGCGAACCCUGAGAUCUUGGAGGGCAAGACGGCGCGGGCCAACAUAUUGGCCUACCACUCUUCACAGACCAAACGGGUCUGCCGAAACACGCUGGCGGCUGAGGCCAGCCAUUUGGCCGAGGCCAUUGAAGCUGGUGAUUGGGCCAUUGUGCUGCUGGAAGAAGCCCUGACGUGGCAAGUGGAUUUGAAAGGGUGGCCGAGCGUCAUCGAGAAGCGGCAGAGGGUGUAUGUCACCGAUGCCCGCUCCGUUUUCGACUACCUGGCUAAAGAAUCAACGAGCACCAGCAGCGACAAGAGGAUGGCGAUCGAAGGAGCCCUCCUUCGAGAGACGGUGCGCAAGCCUGGCGCACACGUGCGCUGGAUUGAUGGCCUACAGAACGUGUCCAACGUGCUCACCAAGCACAACGCCGAGAAGGACACCCUGCGGGAAUUCCUUCGGACGGGCAUGACCACUCUGGUCCAGACCCGUGAGAACCAGAAGCUGAAGGAGCGCAAGCAGGCGGAACGCCAAAGGCGAAAGGUGGCAAAGGACAAGGACGGCGAGGCUCAGGCUGACCAACGGCGACAGCGACGACAAGAAGCUGCUGCCGAAGCCGAGAACCUGCUGAACGACUCUGGUCCUGAGGCUGACUAUAAAGAGGGAGUGAGAUUCUCCAGAGUGCAGUACAGCCUCAGUCCUUUUAUCUGCGUGCCGGCCGACUUCUCAAGCUGGAUGCAAGCAGGCAGAAGUUUCACAGACUACACGUUGCAUGCUAGCCAGAGGCGCGAUGCCGGCUUCCCGCUGCAGGUCCACCCGAACGGCAACCUCAUCGCCGCGGGCUCCACCUAUUCCUCGCUGGAUGGCUACACCAAUGACGGUUUAACCGAUGCUUUGCUCAUGAGCUUCGACAGCACCGGCGCCUGGCAAUGGACCGUGCAGCGCGGCUCCGACAUGGAUCGCUUCCGUGCCCUGCAGGUCCACCCGAACGGCAACCUCAUCGCCGCGGGCUUCACAUCUUCGUCGUUGGAUGGCUACACCAAUGCCGGUUCAUCCGAUACUUUGCUCAUGAGCGUCGACAGCACCGGCACCUGGCAAUGGACCGUGCAGCGCGGAGGCUCCGGCGAUGACGUCUUCGAAGCCCUGCAGGUCCACCCGAACGGCAACCUCAUCGCCGCGGGCUACACAUCGUCCUCACUGGAUGGAAGCACCAAUGCCGGUUCAUCCGAUGCUUUGCUCAUGAGCUUCGACAGCACCGGCACCUGGCAAUGGACCGUGCAGCGCGGCUCCGGCGAUGACCGAUUCAAAGCCCUGCAGGUCCACCCGAACGGCAACCUCAUCGCCGCGGGCUACACAUCGUCCUCACUGGAUGGAAGCACCAAUGCCGGUUCAUCCGCUGCUUUGCUCAUGAGCUUCGACAGCGGCACCUGGCAAUGGACCGUGCAGCGCGGCUCCGGCAAUGACGGCUUCUAUGCCCUGCAGGCAGGGAGUGGGGGCAGCGAGGGAGCGCGGGUCGACCCGAACAACAACCUCAUCGCCGCGGGCUUCACAUAUUCCUCGCUGGAUGGCUACACCAAUGCCGGUUCAGAAGAUGCUUUGCUCAUGAGCUUCGACAGCACCGGCACCUGGCAAUGGACCGUGCAGCGCGGAGGCUCCGGCGAUGAUCGCUUCCGUGACCUGCAGGUCGACUGGAACGGCAACCUGAUCGCCGCGGGCUACACAUCUUCCUCGUUGGAUGGCAACACCAAUGCCGGUUUCCGCGAUGCUUUGCUCAUGAGCUUCGACAGCACCGGCACCUGGCAAUGGACCGUGCAGCGCGGAGGCUCCGGCGAUGAUGACUUCCAGUCCCUGCAGGUCGACUGGAACGGCAACCUGAUCGCCGCGGGCUACACACGGUCCUCACUGGAUGGCUACACCAAUGCCGGUUCAUCCGAUGUCUUGCUCAUGAGCUUCGACAGCACGGGCACCUGGCAAUGGACCGUGCAGCGCGGAGGCUCCGGCAAUGACUACUUCCAGUCCCUGCAGGUCGACUGGAACGGCAACCUCUUCGCGGCGGGUAUGACAGAGUCCUCGCUGGAUGGCUACACCAAUGCCGGUUCAUACGAUGUCUUCCUCAUGAGCUUCGAGGGAAGUCCGACCACCACCACGACCACCUCGACCACCACCACCAAGACCUCGAGCAGCAUGACCAGAACGAGUUCCACAACAUCCACCGUAACCGUUACCUCGAGCACCACGGCCGGGACCUUGGACCUGUACUGCAGCGCUGAGGAGCUCCCAUGCUGGUCAACCCCCUACGACGACACGGGCCGAGUCGAUGGUAGCCAGUUGCCGGAGAAGAGCUGCCACGCAGCAGUUACAGGCUGCCCCUGCGACGACACCUGGGAGAAGAGAUGUGAGUUCCAGGGCCUAUCUGUGUGCUAUCCCAAGGCCCAAGACUGUCCCCUGGAAUGCGGCGACUAUCCUGUUUGCUAUCACGCUUCGGGCAACAAGAGCUGUGCCGACAGUGCUGGGUGUAGCUGCGAAGACAACGAGCACCAAUGCCAAGACCAGGAUUCGGGUCUGUACAUCUGCCUGUGGAAGGAGCGGUUCCCGGGCUGCCCGAAGACUUGUGGAGAUGACCAGCUCUGCAGCAAGACGUACUUUGCGGAAGGAAUGCAGCGCUUCGAGGAGGAGUGCUACCCCGGACCCUGCCCAGACCCGUGGUGCGACAGCACUGCCAAGCAGUGUGCUGGUUCUUCCGGGACCUUCUGCAUCCCUCUGGAGCUCGACUGCCCUGAAGUAUGUCAGGGGCAAGAAUGUCGUGUGGACAACUUCGACGAGCAAGGACGAUUGCAGAGCUCUUCCACUACAUGCAUUCCUGAUGGAGAAGACUGCACUUGCGGUGACAAUGCUCUUCGCUGCGGCGGCCAGGGUGUGGACUUCUGUGCGGCAGCGAGCGAAGGCUGUCCGGAGACCUGCGACCUGGUCACCCACCGUUGGUGCUAUGGCCUGUCCUUCACAGCUGAUGGCCAGCGCGACCCAAGCAUACCGAUGGUGACGAGUUGCGUCGCCAACUCGCAGCCGUGCGUCUGCGGGGAGCAUGCGAUGGCAUGCAACUGGACGGCUGCAAGAGGGUCUCAGAGGGAAGAGUGCUUGCCAGCAGCUGAUUCCUGUCCUGAAGUCUGCGUGGGCGAGACCUGCAUCAUUGUCGACUACACUGUUUCCGGUGUGAUUCAGGGCAUUCGAGAGGAGUGCCUAACCGCCGACGUGGUCUGCCCGUGUGGGCAGAACGCCGUGAUGUGCGGUGCGGGCCAGGAAUCCUACUGCCUUCCGCGUCUCGGGAUCAGCCGUUGUCCCCUGGUCUGUCCAGACGGUGAAGAGCCCUGCUACCGACCGAGUUUUGAUGCUCAGGGCAAUCACUUACCCGCAGAAGAGACUUGUGUGCCAAUCGGGACCGGGUGCGGCUGUGGACAGGGCUCCUUCCCGUGCAGCACUGGCCAGGGCGAAGCAGAGUGCCUACCACUGGGAGGCUACUGUCCGCCCUGCGCACCUGGUGAAAUCGAGUGCCCGCUUGUGCAAAACUUCUUCCCGGACGGCAUGGAAGGCAGCAUGGUGCCUCCCAACAGGCAGUGUGCCGGAAGCCUGCUCGACUGCCCAUGUGGGCAUGGGGCGGCAAUGUGCCCAGCCCUCAAUCGCUGCAUCUUCAAGGGUGCGGCCUGCUGUGCGAUUGAUGAGAAGAUGUGUGUCGUCGUGGAUUACACUUCUGACGGCAACAUCACAGGUACUCGCGAGAUCUGCUGGGCACCGACCGCGCCGUGUCCCUGCGGCGCAAACGCACAGCGCUGCCCCGGAGCAGAGCUUUGCCUCCCUGCGUUGCAGAAGGCCGACGUGUGCCCUUGCGAGCAUUGGCAGAAAGCCUGCGAGAUCACGGAGUACAGCACGACAGGCGUGCCAGAGAUGUCUUGGAAGCUUUGCGUGGACAAGGAAGCGCCUUGUCCGUGCGGCCAGAAUUCGCUGCGCUGCCCAGACCCACUGGAUGCGAACGGCACCCUGUGCGUGGCAAAAGCCAUCAGUGGCAUUGCAAACUCCUGUCCGACUCCAUGCUCCCAAGAAGAGUGGGCUCGAGGCAGCCAGACUUGCGUGCAGUUUGACAUCCUCUCUGAGACCCGGAUCAUCCAAAGAACGAGUUGCUUGCCGUUCGGACGUUGCGACGCCGGCACGUCAAUGAAGACCUGUCCUUCUGGUGCCGCUCUACCUGUCUGGCAGCGCUGUGGGCUGGGUCCUGCUUCCAGAGGCAAUACCAGCAUUGAGGUGCUGGAGGUUGCAAGGGCGAUCAUACCGAUGGACCGGUUGCGGACGGGCGCGAGAGAAUCUUUAGCCGCGGCGGGACUUGAACUCCGAUUCCUGCUCGAAAUCCCAAGCGAGAUGACAACGGCCAUCAGUUUGUCAGGCAAGAUCCUUUCGUUUGCGGUCACUGGCCCAGCUCGAUCAGGACAGCUUGGCCGUGCAAAGAGGCGAUUGCAGGGCAAUGCAGGCAUCUGGGAGGAUCCCGGCGACUUCAUCUUGCGCCUGAGGGACAAGGCAACUCGCAGAAGCCCGGCGUUGUGGCAAACUCUGGACCCUGUUGGUGUACCGCUCGCAUUUGCCAGCAUUGACACGCAUCACGUCCCGCUGGUGCCAGAGGAAGUGGGCGACAAGGAGAUCGGUACUGCGACGUCGACAAGCCAGGGCCCGGACGUCGCACUGGUGGCCGUGCUUGUGCUGACGUCCAUUGCGAUGAUGUGCAUCGGCUGUUUGUGCAUCCGCCGUGUGCGUGCCGUACGCGCGUCCAAAUCACACAGCGAGACCCCGCUGGAGGAUUCCGCGGCGCAGGAAGCACUGGAUCGGGUCAAGCAGUUGGAGGCGAUUCUGGUGCCUGGUGGGUCUCAGGGCAGUGAAAAGGCUGGGAAAUCUCAGGUGGAGGAUUCCCAUGUGCCAGCUGAUCGACCGCAGACACCCGUGUCUCUUCAAGACCUCACACCCACACCAUCGCAGAGGAGUCACCUUCUGGUGUCUGGCCGGUUCAACAGCAGUCAAAAGAUGCGGUACAUGAAGCGGGUCAAGGAGUUGCUGGAUUCCAAAGGGGUGCCCACCUUCAUGGUCGAUGCAGGAGGAGCUGGCGGCACGUUUGGGGAUAAAACUGCUCUGGGCCUUUAUCGUGCCAAGGCGUUGCUGGCUUUCUGCACAGAGGACUAUGGGGCAAAGACGGGAGCGCAAUACGAGACGUACGUUGAGCUCAGGUACGCGCACCAGAAGCAGCUGCGCAUUAUUCCCAUUCGGCUCUGCGAAACCUACCCCCCACAGCCAGGGGAUGAAGAGGGUAGGGCUCAGAAUGAGCUGGUGCUGCAGACCGAUCUUGUCCGCAUCGAGGAUGUGGGCAUGCAAGACCCCGACCGGGUAGCCCAGGAGAUUUGGGAUGUCUUCGCUCCCGAGGUUUCCGUACGCGCUGAUCUGGAAGAGAAGGUGUCAUUCCACCUCGAUGACCAGCCUGCUCCUGCGAAUUCGGAGAGCUACGGACAUGGCGGAGGACCUCUGAUUCCCACGGCUGGGGCCGAGGCGAAUUUGGAGAGCUACGGACAUGGGGGACCUCUGAUUCCCACGGCCGGGGCCGAGGCUCCUGGCGCCCAAGAAGGGCCCAACGGGUUCAGCGGAUCGGAGGAUGAUGGUGGCGACCUGAGGCGUGCUGCGAAGCCCAUGAGAAUCGUGAUUGGGUUGUGA